AUGUGUUUUAUUUUCACUUGUGGAGAGACUGAAUUCUCUAAACAACUGCAAGGAUACGAGAAUGUCGUCUGCCAGUGUCACAACUGUGGAAACUAUGCGGCCAGAGUGAUCAAACGAAACCCAUGGUUCACCUUCUGCUUCAUUCCUGUCCUUCCACUUAGUAUCCACGGCCACCAAGAUGUCGUAUGUUCCAUCUGCCGAUUUGCGCAACCACUCGAGAAUCGACAAGACGUAGUAGCUAUGGCGAAUGGUGGUGGUGGAGGAGCUAUGCCCUUACAACAUAAUCCACAAGGAGGACCGCCUCAGGGUUGGGGAGGCGGACCCGGAGGUGGCCAACCGCCCAAGCAGCAGCAGAACAUGCAAUACGGAUAG